AUGCUCCGCUCUACUGCGAGCGAAUCCCCGAUCCUCCCCCUUAUGCUCCUUCUCCUACUCUCCUUAUUUGCCUCUCCAAUUUCAGCUGAACUCUCGUUGCGAAGCUGUAAUCUUUCCCGCAAUGACAUUACCGCAUUUUCGCGACAGACUGAAGCAAUGUUUGAGCACGCCUACACCUCGUACGCUACGCACGCCUUUCCCGCUGAUGAACUCAAGCCUCUGUCAUGCACCCCGGACUACUCAUUUGCAGGCAUCGCUCUCACCCUCGUCGACACUCUUGACACCUUUAUCGUUAUGCGCCAGUGGUCGCGAUUUGCAGACGCCGUUAGAAAUGUGUCUACCUCGCUCACCUUCCAAAUUGACAAUACUGUCAGCGUCUUUGAAACCACGAUUCGAGUAUUGGGUGGGCUGCUUUCCGCCCAUGGCCUACUCACGGAGGGCGCCGAUGACACCGGCUUCGAGAAAGACAUUUGGCUGCCAGAGUAUGACGGAAAGCUUCUGGUCUUGGCUACAGAUCUUGCCGACAGACUCAUGCCUGCGUUUAACACUCCCACAGGUAUUCCCUUUGGCGCCAUCAACCUAGCUUAUGGUGUCGAGAAGAGUGAGUCUCGCAUUGCCAGCACUGCAGGAGCCGGCAGUUUAAUCUUGGAGUUUGGCACCUUGUCCAGAUACGUGGGGGAUCCCAAGUACUACAACGCCGCGCUCAAUGCUAUGCGUGCCCUUCACAAACGUGCCAGUCGCGCAGGCUUGGUUGGCAACCACAUUGACAUCGACACGGGCGACUGGGUCGCCCCUGAGGCUGGCGUAGGCGGUCUUGUAGACUCUUUCUACGAGUACAUGUGGAAGGGCUAUAUUCUUUUUGGCGAUGAACGAUUGCUGGCCAUGUUUCGCGAGUCGUAUGCUGCUAUUAAGACCUACCUGCACAAACGUCCGUGGUAUCUCGACGCUGAUAUGUGGUCGGGACACACAUCUUCACUUGCUUCUUCGUCACUUGCCGCUUUUUGGCCAGGUGUGCAGGUGACAUUCGGUGACCACGAAGACGCCGCAGACACUGCACGUGCGCACUACUCAGUCUGGCGGCGGUAUGGAUGUCUGCCUGAAGGAUAUCAUGUCGUAGAUCAGAAACCAAUGCAGGGAAUGAUCAACUACCCCUUGCGCCCUGAGCUUGCGGAGAGUAUUUUCUAUCUCCAUUGGGCAACGAAUGAUACUUCCUGGGUCGGCGCAGCUGGUGCAAUGAUGCAUUCCAUUGAAGAAUUGACAAAGGUCAAAUGCGGGUACGCUGCAGUCAAGGACACCUCCACGCACGUGUUAGAGGACCUCAUGCCAUCGUUUCUGCUCAGUGAGACGCUUAAGUACUUGUACCUAGUAUUCAAUGCGCAGGAUGCUGAUGGGAAACUGCACUGGUCUCGAAGCGGAAAGUAUGUCUUCACGACAGAAGCACAUCCAUUGCGCAUAGAAACGGAAGAUAUUCGGCAUAUCCUCGGUCUAUCACUGGAGAAAGCCGCCUACCAAAUGCCGCGCACAUCAUCAGGCCAUGCGACAGCGGAAGGUGCAUCCGCGACAAAAAAAUGUCGACGGAGACCCAAAACAGAACAAAAGCUCCCCUGCGGCUACAAUAUGCCUGGGACAGAUUUCCCCCAGACGAACGCCGAUGCAUUGAUGGACCCGGCAAGCAAUCUCGGGAUCACGCCAGUGAUCUCAAAAAGCGUGCUAGCGCAGAUACGGACGCGAGAUGCACGAGGAGAGGGUGUGAGAGUGGGAGAUGUGUUAUUUGGCGAGAGGUGGGCGUGCCGGAUCGUGCAGAUUGAGGGGCAUGUGGUGUCGUAUGAGAGACUACAUGCGAUGGACGUUGCCUGGGAGAGGGAGCGUGAGAAGAGGGAGAGGGAGCGGAGAAACGAGGAGGGGGCGGUGAAUAGAGCUAUGCCGGGGUUACGGGAGAAAUGCAGGCGGUUUUCGUUCUUUGAGACUGUGCAGAAGACUGCGUUAGUAUAG